GAUAUAAACAGCUGUGAGAUCCAGAAGAAAAACUGCACGUGGCUCAUGGUAACACAUGAAAUGUGCCUCAAAGAUGACGUGAUGACAGCACUAGAGAAAGCCACUGGUGACGUUGUGCUCAAGUUUGAACCAUUUGUUCUUCAUGUGCUAUGUCAAGAGCUGCAAGAUGCACAGCUUCUGCAUUCAGUGGCUAUCGAUUCUGGGUUCAGGAACUCUGGUAUUACCGUUGGCAAAGGAGGAAAAAUUAUGAUGGCUGUCCGGAGCACUCAUUGCUUAGAAGUUCCAUUGAGCCACAAGGGGAAAUUGAUGGUCUCCGAAGAAUAUAUUGAAUUUCUGAUACAUGUAGCUAAUCGUAAAAUGGAAGAAAACACAAGGAGGAUUGACAGAUUCUACAAACGCUUAGAGUUAGCUUUGAAAACUGCUGUCAGUGCAAACAACACACCCUCUGAGGAGACGGAGAAGAAUCGCCCUGUGUACAUUCACAGAAGAAAGAGAAAGACCAUUCAAGAACAAGUUGUACACACCUUUCCAAAGGGUCACAGUGAAGAAUUGGAGCCUGAGGAUGAUACAGAAAGCAAUCUUGCUAUUUUUGCUGAAAUCAUGAUAUAG